AUGCUUUCACUUAACCACGGCGGCGGCAAGAAGAAGAAGAAGAAGAAGAAGAAGAAGAAGAAGAAGAAGAAGAAGAAGAAGAAGAAGAAGAAGAAGAAGAAGAUGGCAAAAGGCAUGAGAGGGGCCAACAAACAAACGAGGGUUCUACGGAAGUUUCCCUUUCACAACUAA